GGCAGACCUGGGUAGGAGUUUGCGGUAAUCGAACCGAAAAAAUACAUCUUUACGGCGUGUGGAGUCCAGAAUUUCGACUUUGCAUUUAUCAGAACCGGAAAUAAUAUCAUCUUUGUAAGGUGCGAAGUUCACUGAUAGCUUUGCAUGUUAUACCAGAAUGGACCAGCCAGUGGUGGUGGAUCAUACCAAUACAGAGUCUUUAUAUAACGUAUGGCAAGGACAUCUUCAACAGGAGGCAGCUUCAGGUGGCAGACACUCUCCCGGAGAUCAAAGAAAGCUUGUUGGGGAUAGUUUCACUUGUUCCAAGUGCAACCAAGUUUUCCCAAAUGCAAUGGCCCAAAUAAGUCACGAAAUGGGUCAAUGUCAUCAUAAUGGUCUUGGUAACCAUAGUAACCUACAUCCGCCACAAUUACCACAGCCACAAAAAAAUGUUAGCACUCCUGCAGUUGCGAAUCACGAGUCUCCAUUCCCAAGAAAUGAAAAUUUUACUGCAAACAGGUCCGAUUCACUUAGUUCCUCCAGUUCUCCUGGUGACAUAUCACAACAAGGAAAUCGGUCACCGUCACCAGGCGAGGUACAUUCACACCGUCGCGGGCGCCCAAAAAACUCACCCAUGGUACAUACACCUCAGCCUGUGUUUACAGGGCAUAUGCCCGGUCAGGUUCCUCGCGAGUACAAAUGCAAAAUAUGCCCUCAUGUUUAUUAUACAAAGGCAGACAUGCAAAGACAUGCAAGGUCACAUGUUGAGAAUAAGCCAUAUAAAUGCACACAUUGCGAUAAAACAUUUGCAAAUUCCUCUUACUUGUCACAGCAUUCCAGAGUUCAUACAGGGGAAAAGCCCUACGUUUGUGGACGGUGCGGUAAGUGCUUUAAGCAGUUGUCGCAUUUGCAACAGCAUACAAGGACUCACACUGGUGAGAAGCCAUAUCAGUGUAACAUACCAGGUUGUGGGAAAGCGUUUACACAACUGGCUAACCUACAGCAACACUCGCGGAGACACAACAAAGACAAACCUUUCAAAUGUCCACAUUGUUACCGUGUAUAUGGCGAUUUAACCAGCCUUCAGGCACACGUGCCAUCGCAUGCUAACUCCAGACACGAGAAAAAAUAUCCAUGCGGGGUAUGUGGUAAAUCCUACACACAGGAGUCGUACUUAAUGAAGCAUAUGCUGAAACAUCCGACAGAGCCUCAGUUCGCAAGGGACUUUCCAUGUGCAGUAUGUGGUAAAAAGUUUUCGCAACAGGCUUACCUUGAAAGACAUGUAUUGAAACGACAUUCAAAUCAAGGAAGUAAUAGUAGUACAAGUCAGGCACAGAGUACAAAUUCAAAUAAUGAUAAUGAUAACUCUAGUAAAGUGGUAAAUUCAGGACUUUCCUCACCGCCAGCAAAUGUACCAUGUUCCAUUCCAAACAGCUUAAUUUCGUCAAGCAUUGCAACUAGUUACGGGCUACCAAGCUCAUCUAAGCAUCCUAUUCUAAACGUUCCCAUGAUGCCAACUGUGCAGGAAAUGCGGUCAGCCUUAGGACUGAUGCCAACAGCAUCCGGACCAGCCACAGCUAUUCCAGGAAUCAGCAACCCUCCCCUACAUGGACUAAAUGAUCCACGAGCUAUGUUACCUGUUAUGUUUCCGGGACACAACCCUGUAACAAGAGGCAUUGACAUGCCUUUGAUGCGCAUGCGAUUUGGCGAUAUGAGUAGUACAUUUACAACAAAAUCACCGUUACAUGUUGUUGAUCGUAACGGUGUGACCACAGUCAGCACACCAACGACAAAUAGCAUUCCCGGAGCAUCAUCAUUUCUUACUACCACGAGUUCAGCAAUGCAAAUUCCAUUCACACAGUAA